AUGUCAGGUUCAUUCCCUGUCGAUUUUGCUGCCACCCAAUUCACGUUCAACAUGACAGCACCCACUACCAAGCAGACCAGCGCUCCAGGCAAAGUCCCUACACCUGCACAGUCGGUUCUGAAAUCAGCCGAUCCCCUUUCUUCCAAGCUUAGAAAUUUGCAGUUGGAUCCAGAGCAAUAUGCACAGUCGGUUAUGAGCAACUUCGGGGGUUUGCAUUUGGAUGGACAGCAACGGGCUCCUCUGACUACCGCAUGGUCGCGCAUUAGCUCUCACGAUGCUAAUGAAUUCGACGAAGACUUCGAAGAAGCCUGGGAGGAGCAAACUUCCAACAUCAACGAUGAGAGCACCUCACAACAAGGCCCUCGCUUGCCGGAUAUCCAACUUGCAAUGCAACAAGGUAUGAGAGUUAAAUGCAUCAAGUGCAGAAUCUCAAACACAUACAAGGUAUCGCAAGUUUGGUUGCCCAAUCCGAGUCAGCCAGAACUUAUUGCACCCAAUUCGGCAAACACAAAAAGCCAUUUGCACAUUGCCGCGUGUGCCAAGUGCUCUUUCGGAACUUGUUUGGGUUGUGGUCUAGCUCCCCAUUUGAAGGAAUGCACCUUUUCAGAUACUCGGGCAGCUUGGGAGGCCAUGUGCGCUGUGGACGAUGCUGCCAUUAACUUCCGUCAUGAGUCACCACAUCUCCCUUUGACUCAUGCAACCAGAGAAGUUCUUCCUGCUCUCCUUCAAUGCCUAAAAACUCUCAACACCACGGUUGCUAGAAACGGAGCACACACUUUCGGAUUUGACCAACUUCUUCGUAAGAGUGUGCUUCUGGAUCUGGUUGCGGAUUUCAUGCGAGACAUGACCGUGCAGAAUAUGGAACUAACUCCACUCCUAAUUCAAGUAUUGGAGUUCUUGCAUAUGUUGGCUGAAAACACGGGAACCCGAAAUUUGUUCUUCGAAAAGCGACAAGUUUUGAAGGCAUCAUCACCUGGUCUGCGGACAUUGGCCUUCCCUUUGGUUCUUCUUCCAGUUCAGCAAGUCUCUGCUUUCAACUGGGACGAUCGCGAAGCCAAAACCUACGCCCUUUGGCCAUUAAUGCAAAGGAGCCUCAAGGUCGCACAGCAAUACAUGCAUGCGAAUCACGAUGAUGUCUGGUCUGCGGCUCUGGUUUCUCUGGUUCAGAGAAUUCCUGAUGUGUAUGCAUUGGUGGCAAGCUCAGUUCCACCAAAGCCUCUGAAGCUCACGUAUACGCAUUAUACGCAACACGAGUUGGGAUACGCGAUCGGCUUGAAAGAACUGUUCGCCGUUGCGGUAGCCAAGAAGUCGGAAGCCAAGAAGGCAGCUACGACUCAAGAAGAUCCCAGCAAGAUGGAGGUUGAUCCACCUCUGAAGAAGCGUGGUCGUGCUCGUGCUCGGGCCGGAGCUCAGGACGAGGAUCAAGACGAGGCCAGCAGGGCAGGAAAAAGAAGAACUGCCGGCAAGAGAUAG